AUGUUGACCGUUGCCAAAUUAGGUCCCAUUAGCUCACUUACUGUGCUGGACAAACAUGUCAUUAUCCUUAACGAUGCCAAUUUGGCGGUGCAACUACUAGAAAAGCGUUCUUCUAUACACUCAGGACGUCCAGAAAACAUGUUUACUGACAUGUCGGGUUGGCAAUAUGUUCUUGGAGCGCUCAGAAACCCAGACCAUGUAAGAAAAACACGAAAGCACUUGUAUCAAGAGAUAGGUUCAAAGAAUUCCGUUUCUCGUUUCAACAAUGUUCAGACAGCCGAGGUUGGUCGUUUCCUGUUAAGGGUAUUGGAUGAGCCAGACAAACUUCAUCAGCACAUACGGAAGGACGCUGGAGCUAUCGUCUUGAAGAUUGGGUACGGGUAUACUAUUGAACCUCAUGCUCAAGACCCUCUUGUAGACCUGGCCGACAAGGCGAUGGAGGACUUCUCAUACGCCUUGCUUCCAGCAACUUGGGCAGUGGAGUUUCUUCCAAUAAUGAGAUAUCUCCCAGCCUGGCUGCCUGGGGCGGGAUUCGUGAAGAUCGCUCAAGGCUACAAGUCAAGAGCACAGUCGUUCAGUGACGUUCCAUAUGCAUUUACCAAGCAAGAAAUGAGUAAUGGUCGCUUCGUGCCAUCUUUCUUGUCCAAUCUUCUUCAAAACAAUCCUGUGGAGCCCGGGACUGAAGAAGAAGACAUCAUCAAGUGGUCAGCUGGAUCUUUAUACGCAGGAGGCGCAGAUACAACUGUCUCCUCUAUUGCAAGUUUCUUCCUCGCAAUGGCUCUUUUUCCGGAGGCGCAACGCAAGGCUCAGCAGGAACUCGACACAGUAAUUGGGAGCGGUCGACUACCUGAAUUCCAAGAUCGAGAAAAUCUUCCAUAUAUGGAUGCACUAGUCAAGGAGGUUCUCCGAUGGCAUCCAGUUGUACCCAUGAGUGUUACACACACGUCAACUCAGGACGAUACAUGCGAGGGGUACUUCAUCCCCAAGGGAUCGUCUAUUCUUGCAAACAUCUGGGCAUUUACGCACGAUCCAACGGUAUAUCGUGACCCAAUGACCUUCAGCCCGGAGCGCUUUUUGACCUCCCCCGACGGAAAACUCCCAGAGCGCGAUCCACACAUGCUUGUGUUUGGGUUUGGUCGUCGCGCCUGUCCUGGGCGUACUCUGGCAGACGCGAACGUCUUUCUCACUGUUUCACAGGCUCUGGCUGUCUUCAGUAUCUCGAAACCAGUACAAAAUGGGGUUACUCAGGAUAUCCCACUAAAGUUUCUCCCCGGGGUCAUUAGCCAUCCCGCUCCAUUCAAGGUGUCAAUCCAGCCGCGAAGCGCGGUUCAUGAACAACUCAUCCGAGACCUCGAACGGCACUAUCCUUGGGAGAAGAGUGAUUCCGAAUUCCUCCCAGGCAAGUAG